UGUUUAGUGUCGCAGCCAAAGGUGCAAAACUCGAAGCUAAGAACAAGACUUGAAAGCGAUAGCUAUAAACCAGUAUCAGUGCAGUUUCAAUCACCAAAGCAGUGAAUUGUUAGGGAAUUCGAAGACAGUUCUACGGAUUCGAUUUGCAUGGGUGCGCACAAAGCAAUUCUGUCUACGCCAUAACACGACCAAAUUUAAAUGCUUCAAAAACAAAACAGAAAUCUGAGUUAAUUAUCUCCUCUAAGCUGCCUACCGGAAAGUGGAGCAAAGAGGUGCUCUCAUUAUUCCAUCACCAUAAAGAGUGAAUAGAACCGUUCACUGCCAACAGGAUGCCUUUGGAUACAGUCUUAUGUCUCGACACUUCGGGAUCCAUGGGUUGGAAUAACAAUGAGGGAAUCAACCAGCUAAAAGCUGCUGCGCUCAAAUUUCUGGAAGGAGUCGAGGAAACUGCAAAGCAGGCGAAUUUGAAGGAAAAUGUUGCCAUAGUAGAGUUUGGGGCCAGGACGCAAAUAUUGCAUAGUUUAUCAAACAACUAUCCAAGUCUCAAAUUGAAAAUUCGUGGACUUAAAGCCAAUGGAACCACCCCAAUGAAAGAUGGUUUGCUGAUGGCACUACAGGAGAUUGGAAAAAAUGGUGGUGUUGUCAAUGUCAAUGGAAGGAAGCUUUGUCCACGCAUCAUUCUCAUGACUGACGGGAAACCUACUGAUGAAAAUGGACGUGAAAAUGAACAGGCCUUGACUGCAGUGCUACUAGUGGCUGUGCUCUUUGGUCCUCGCUGGCAAGAAGUUGGUCUUCCUUAUAAGAUCCCAAUCGCCUGCGUUGGCUGUGGAAAUGCUGAUAAGAAACUUUUGGCAAGCAUUGCACAAACAACUGGAGGAAUGUACGUGAUGGUGCAAAACAUGGAUGAACUCAGCACUUUUUUUAAGCGCCAAGUGUUGCUAUCACGUUUUAUCGCCCAGUUUUCCCAUGAUAUGACACAACUUAGGAACUUGCUUGUGCUGCAACAGUUUAUGCGAAGUCUCGGCGAAGACAUGGAAGAAAGGGAACUGCGUCCUUUCAUGGCUCUCUUAUUGGCCAUGUUGGUUGCAGACGAUGACGAUGACGAUAAUGGCAACUAUCCCAAACCUCCCCCACCGGGGACACGUGUUCGCAGAGGACCGCACUGGAAAUGGGGCGACCAAGAUGGAGGGAGAGUUGGUACAGUAGUGGAUGCUGGAGGAACGCCUGGUUGGGUGGAGGUUCAAUGGGAUCGCGGAAAUAAGAAUUCCUACCGCUACGGAAAAGAAUCUGCUUUUGAUGUCAAAGUUGUUGAUGAGAACAGACGCGUGCUUCUCCUUGAAGGAGUCCAAGUUGGAUGCCGUGUGAUUAGAGGACCAGACUGGAAAUGGGGAAAUCAAGAUGGAGGAAGUGGGAACAUCGGUCGCGUUUAUCACGUAGGCAGUGGAAUUGCAAAGGUCCGCUGGCCCAAUGGAAGCACCAAUAGUUACCGAGAUGGUGCAGAAGGAGCGCAUGAUCUUCUUGUCCACCCUGCGGACGUGAUCAUGAUGCCUGUCUUAUCUGCUGGCUCACCAAGGCAGCAGCCGUCUGAGGCUUGUCUGGUGAUGUAAAGCUCGACAGCUGUUGAGUCCGCAUGAGUGACACCAAGUAUAAUGAAAAGGCAAAGUUUUUAGUUUAAGUCUUAGCUUUAGAGCUUGAGGGUUGUUUAGGAAAUGCAAUGCUCUGGGCCUCUUUAUUAGAUACAGAGCAGCAUAGAGCUGAGUUUAGGCAAAAGCACAUAUUAGCAGUGAUCUAGUGUGGUGACUUUAUUAGUAUCUAAAUACAAAUUUAGUAGAAAAAAGAAGUGAAAUAACCUAUAAAGGAUUAGGAUUUGUAAACAAGUUUUGCAGCUGUUAAGUGUUGUAAGAAGAAGAUCAGUGAAACUUCACCAAUGAACAAACAGCCAACGACGAUGGUGAAUUGCAGACAUAAACGUUUUGGACUGACCUACACACCGGUACACCCGGGGAUGUCAGAAUUGAUUAUCAAAAAUUGAUUAUGAUGGAUUGAAAAUCUGCAUGGCUUGCUAUUUUCAUAAAAAAAUUGUAGGGAAGGAUUAAAAAGAAACUUCAAUAUAUUUUGCCUAUUGAUUAAACUGUAAAGAUUUGCUUUUUACAUGUCUACUACAUGUAUAAAGCAAGCAGCUAGAAUAAAUGCAUGGCUCUUGUUUCGCAAAAUAAUACGCUAUUCCCUUUAUACCUGUGUCACCCGAGUGAAAGCUACCUGUUCUUUUCUUUUGAGUUGCCCUGUCACAGAUUAAACCUCUCAAGAUAAAGAGGGGGUCCUGUUUUGGAAAGACUGAUAGCACUUAGUUAACUAACAAAAAAAUGCUAAAAAUUGAUAAAGAAAACCGCGUAUGUAUGUAAGAGCUGGUUUGUAAUUAGCUAAAAUAGGAACUCGGGAAUGGUUUUGUAAGUAAUUGUUGUUGACUGGUUAAUACAUUUCAUGACAAAACGAAA